AACAGAUCGCUACCGCACCAAAUUCCGUCUUGUCAGUGUCAUUUUGGCUGCACGUCCGAAACCGUAUCGCCGCGUCAUUCGACGACGAGACCAGCCGAGAAUAUAGCGACUUCGUCGAGCGUUAGAGGGUGACAGUUUGCGCUGGAGAUUCGCGACAUUUAGAUACAAGUUGAUGAAGAGAGAUGUUCGCGAUCAAGAGAUAGAAAACGAGUUUCAUAGCCAAAAAAAAAAUCACAUAUCAAUCGAUAAGUUUAUAAAAUGGGAUCCUAGAGAAAGCCAAGCAAAUAAUGCGAGAGAGAUAUUGUAAAAUAUAAUAAUUACAAGAGAGGGAAAAAAAAUAAUUAGUGUGAAAAAAUAUAUAAUAACAAUUAACGGCAAUUUCAUUCCGUAAGACGACAUUUAAAUGGAAAUUGGAGAUCGUCGUAUUAGAUCGAGAAAUAUAUGAAUAAAAAUUAAUAAUAAAAUAAUCAAAGAUAAUAUUAAUUGAGCGAUAAUUUUCGAUAAAUUGAAGAGACUUUUGUGAUCAAGGAAUACAGCAAGAUAUAAUAAUAGGUUUUAUAAAUUGAAUAUUCGAAGUGAACGCACACACAUUUUGUGAAGUUAGUGAAAUAUCUGACAGUGGUAAUACCAGACACCAUGCUUGGUGGAUACGAGGCGCAGACAGAGUACUAUCCGCAAUGGCACCAGCCGUAUAAUUACGUCACUCAGCUUCCUUACGGGCCCCUCGGCUCGGUUCCCGACGCCGACAGUCAAUCAACAUACUGGGGAGGCGCAGAUUCCGGUACGUCGGGGAAUAGCUCGGGGGCAGGUAGCUCCACCGCAUCGACGCCACCUCUGAUCGAAGAGAUCGGCAUCCAGGAGACGAGCUACUCGCCGCUGCAGCAAUACGUGCACCCGACGGCCAAUCAACAUUACGCUACUUUGCCGUAUCCGCAGGGGCAACAGGAAACGUCGCCUCACCAUCAUCACCAUCACCUACACCAUCACCAUCAUCACCAACCCAAUCACCGACGCGAGCACGAAUUCGCGAGCGCCCAGAUCGGUCAGCAGGUUGUCAGCGGAGUAGUCGGUACCCUUCAACAACAUCUUCAUCAGGGCGUUCGCGAAGGUGGCGUGGCACCUCCCAGACCAAAAAGGCGAAAUACCGCGAACAAGAAAGAGCGCCGUCGCACGCAGAGUAUAAAUAACGCCUUUUCCGACCUGAGGGACUGCAUCCCCAACGUCCCAGCGGACACGAAAUUAUCCAAGAUAAAAACCUUGAGGCUAGCGGCGUCUUACAUCGGAUACCUGAUGGCGGUCUUGGAGAGCGACGAGGGAGAGGAACCGCAGACCUUCCGCGCAGAGAUUCUCUCGAAUGGCAGGAGAAAUAAAACGACUCAACCCAAUCAGAAUGAAUCGUGUUUGCAAUCUAUCCCGAAUCUCGGCCACGAAGAACCGACGAAGAGCAAAGGACGAACGGGUUGGCCGCAGCACAUGUGGGCCCUCGAAUUAAAGCAAGAAUCACCGACCAGCCAGAUGCAAUAAAAUACAUCGAAGACACUCCUGUCAAAACAUAUCUGCGAUAUUCGCGAAAUAUCGUUCGAAAGGAGCGUUACUUUUUGCGCUUGACGCUUUUUAACGUCGGAAAAAAAUAUGAGCUGCGAUUUAAUGACUGAUGCGUCUUUCAGACAUUUUCAAACAUCUCUCAGAAAUUCGAAAUUAUGACUUAUAACAUCCUGGAUAAAAUAAUAUUUUAUAAACGAAGCAAUCAUUUAUAAAACUUCAAAUUAAAAAAAAAAAAAAAAAAAGCAAUUGCAACUUAGCAAAAUGUAUGAUUAUAGGAUAAAAAAUGGAUAAAAUUGUUUGUAUAUAGCGCGUUCAUAAUUGUUGUGUAUGUACAUAGAAUUUUGUUCCUCUUGUAGCGAUCGAUGUCUAUAUUUUGAACCAAAGAAUAUUAUUUUAUAUAUAAGCUCCAAACGUGAUUGAGUUGUAAUCAGUAAGAUCAUAAUUUUGAUGUAAAAACGCGCAUGUAGAUUUAAGAAUCUCUGUAAAAUUUUGUAUAUAAAGUAUCAUAAUGUAUAAAGUGUCGUUAGCAAUA